AAUGAGACUGGAAAUAGUUCUUCUUGUCUGCCUGUCAGUUGAAUCAGUUUUAUGUUUUCCUGGGCCAAAAAUAACCCGAAAGUUCGGUAUACAGAAGGAUGCAUCAAAACCAACAACAACUGAUGCUGAAGAUACAACUGAUGCUGCUGUUUUGAUCAACGAGGAUUCUGCCGAAGACAUGACUCCUGCUUUUCCUACAUCCCCCGUUUCUAUUCUCAGCACUGAUUCUAAACGUGAAACUACGUCUGAAAGUAGUAAUGAUGAAGUGAAUGAUAUUUCUGCACUGGAAAUCAACACAAAAACAGAAGCUGAAGCAAUCAUAGAUAAAGAUAGGACAACCGAGGUAGCAGCUGAUGAAACUACAACCAACUGGGAAGUAAUGGAAGAUGAUACUACUAUAGCUCCAGACUCCUUGGCGGUGGAAGCCUCUAACAUUGUAAACAGAAUAGGUCUGCUUGGGAACACCUUGGGCCAAAACAUCAUUCAGAGUGGAAGCACAUUGGGGCAAAAUAUUUUCCAGAGUAUAGUACAGAAACAGCCAACUCCUCCUGUAGUUGAAAAAGUCAGUGCACCGGUUGUGGAGAGAGUUGAUCCUGUGAUCACGAAUGUUGGAGGGAUUGCUAGCAUGCUUUUCUUUAUGUCAGCUCCUUUCCUGUUCCCCAUGGCAAUGAGUGCCGGACGUCGGAUUGGAAAUGAUCCUGUUCUGCAGAGGCGACGAGAAGAGACGGCCGAGAGACUGUUUACUCCUAUUAACCGAAUGAUGGAGAGAAUGGGAGAAAACAUUGAACAAAAUCAGAAAACCUUCAGGGCAAAUGUCAGGAAUACUGGAGCACUAAUGAGAUCGGCUACUGCAGCUGUACCUAAAAUGAUUAGGAAUACUACUAGAAGAGCAAUGGAUGGGCUUAGGAAACAAAGCCAAUCUACUCUUAGACGAAUGGGAAAAGCAACAUCAAACCUGGGGAAAGCAACUUCAAGUUUAAUGAAUAGGAUUUCUACAAACUACAGCAGGGCUCGAGCACGAAGCGCAAACAACCUCCGAAGAUUUGGAGUUGGGUUAACACGAGCAGUAGCGUCCGCCAGGUUGCUGAGUUAUGCGGAUGACUAGCUGAUUUUUCUUCUCACUUUUUUUAGAGACAAAAAAAAGAAGAAGUGAUUUUUAUUCUAAUGGAACUGAUUGCUUGUCUGAAACUUAAAUAUAUGUAUAUUUUUUCAAUUUAAUGGUAAAAACCUUUGAUAUUUCAAACUUUGAAUUUUUUUUGGCCGAACCUAUAGCGAGUGAUCAGUGUCUUUAGUAGUAAACUUAAUCUGUAAAUCGUGUACAUUUGUUAA